AUGUCACCAAGGGUCCUCAUCUUCGGAGGAGGAAGCAUUGGAGCAGUCCUCGCCUAUUUACUCUCCAAGUCAAUUGCAGCAUCAGACAUCGUCGUUGUCUGUCGGUCUAACUACGACGUUGUUGCCACGCAUGGCUUCACAAUUAAUUCCACGGUCUUUGGAAUGAACGAAAAUGUUAAACCGAUUGCGGUUCGAUCGGUGACUGAGGCUGUUCAGGCGUAUCCAGAUGGAUUUGACUAUGUCUGCGUGGCAACCAAGGCAGUCGUCAACGGCACCAUUUCGCAGCCUGAAUUGAUCAAACCUGUGGUUUCUGCGAAGACGACCAUUGUACUGAUGCAGAAUGGCAUCAACAUCGAGGAGCCUUAUAGAGCCUUGUUCCCGGAUACGGCCAUUGCGAGUGUCGUGAUAUACAUGCCUUGCACACAAACUGCUCCUGGCGUGGUCUCGCAUACUGUGUACGCGAAGUUCCUUCUGGGAACCUAUCCAGCCAAAUCUACUUCAGAACACAAGACCUCUACAGCACGCUUUGUGGAAUUUCUGAAACAAGGCGGUGCAUCCGCUGUUCACGAGGAAGAUAUUCAGCUAGCUCGAUGGACGAAGCUGAUAGUGAACGGGUCACAGAACCCCAUAUGCGCUCUUUCCCGACUACGCGAUGUUCAAUUUUUGGGCGCUGCACCAGGUGCCGCAUCGUUUACCAGGAAUUUGAUGAGUGAGAUUGCCAGCAUCGCUCGAGCUGAGGGUUAUAGCGAGGUUGAUGACAGUGUUGUUGAACGUCAACUGGAAUUGUCCACUUCGAGGGUCCCUCCAGGUGUGGAACCGAGUAUGAUGGCUGACGCUCUGUCUGGCCAACGGUUGGAGGUAGAGUCAAUUGUUGGAAACACGCUGCGGAUUGCGCAGAGUCAUGGUGUGGAUGUGCCAAGGUUGGAGACGAUUUACUACUUGGCGAAGGGGCUUGAUAUGAGUUUCGCGAUUCCCGAGGCGCUGCUGGGAGGCUCGAAAAAUUAG